GACGAUAAGCGGCAACGAAAAGGGAUUGAUAUUUUCGCAAAUUCGAAGUCAAACUUCUAGAAACGUUCUACACUUUUAGUGCUCGUUUUCGUUUUUUGUCAUUUAACUCCAAUCCAGAGACGGCGCUGGUUUUUCUUACUGCCAUAAUUGCAAAUUGCCACCUAUCCGCAAGGAAGCACACGAGUCGCGAUAGAUGUUGUAUCACUCGUCCAUGCUAAACAGCGUGCAGAUCUAUGAUUUAAUUGUUAAAGUUUAUUUUAAAAAAUCACCUGAUUUUGUUUUCUUUUACGUGCGGAUUGACCAUAUCUGUUUGAAGUCAGAAAGGUCGAAACAUGACAGACACAGAGCAAAAUGAGGGAAAGCAUGACAUGUCAUCUGGAAUGACAGACCAAGAGAGUGAAAUGGCAGCCAAUGCAUAUGAAUUGUUUGUGGCUGGCAAGUACAACGAGUCUUUGAGACAUCUUGAUGCCCUGCAAGAGUUGAAUAAAGAGGACUACAAGAUCGCUUUGAAUAAAGCUGUUGUAGAGUUUUACAAAAGUGGUCAAACUACCACAGGAAACCUGAAGCAAACCCUAAUGGUAAUGAAAAGCCAGGUUCAUACAGCCACUGAAGAUGUUGAUGGGUUGGACGAUGUUGAAAAUAGUUUGUUGUAUUACAAUCAAGCUAUUGUCCACUAUCAUUUCCGGCAAUACUCGGAAGCCAUUUCCAUUGGAGAGAAGCUCUAUCAAUUUCUGGAACCCUUUGAAGAGAAGUUUGCUCAGGCUGUGUGUUUCCUGCUGGUGGAUCUGUACUUGCUCACAUUCCAGCCAGAGAAAGCCCUACACCUCUUGGCUGUGCUGGAUAAACUAUCUGUACAAGGAAGUAACAAGAACUACAAAGUGGAGAACAACAAAGAUGGUGGAAACCAGAAGGCAGAGUUUUCCGCCAUGUUUGAGGCUGCUAAAUCAAAGAUGCACCAGUACAAAGUAAGAGCCUACAUUCAGAUGAAAUCUUCAAAGGCAUGUAAAAGGGAGAUAAAGUCAGUGAUGAACACAGCAGGAAACUCUGCACCGUCCCUAUUCCUUAAGAGUAACUUUGAAUAUCUGAGAGGAAACUACCGGAAAGCAGUGAAGCUGCUCAACAGCUCCAACAUUGCAGAACACCCCGGACCAAUCAAGACAGGUGAAUGUGUUCGAUGUAUGUUCUGGAACAAUCUUGGCUGCAUUCACUUUGCAAUGGGGAAACAUAACCUUGGAAUUUUCUACUUCAAGAAGGCAUUACAAGAAAAUGACCACACUUGUGCACAGCUUGGGGAUGGUGGCAAUGGUCAAGCAAAAAAAUUUACAGGUAUACCCAUGUGUGCUCUCCUGGCCAACAAACGCUAUGAGCUUCUGUAUAACUGUGGCAUCCAGCUGCUGCACAUUGGGAGACCUCUGGCAGCCUUUGAGUGUCUGAUUGAGGCGGUACAGGUUUACCAUUCAAACCCUCGACUGUGGCUGCGACUUGCAGAAUGUUGCAUUGCUACAAAUAAAGGGGGUUCUGAACAGGAGAGCAAAGGUUUACCUUGUAAAAAAGGCAUUGUUCAGUCAAUUGUUGGACAGGGAUAUCAUCGUAAGAUUGUAUUGGCAUCCCAAUCUAUGCAGAACACUAUUUACAGUGAAGGCCAAUCAGCAGCCAUCCCAGUAGCCAGUAUGGAAUUUGCUGCCAUUUGUUUAAGGAACGCUCUACUACUACUGCCUGAACACCAACAGCAGGACAGCAAGACUGACAACAGCUCCAAGAGUUCAAGUCAGUCAGGAAGCACAGAGAGUGGCAGCGAGAACAGUGAUGCCUGCAGUGUGAAAGGGCAGGAGGCUGACAGGUUACUCUUUGCUGCACCAUCUUCUCCUCUCAGAAAACAGGAAGUGGAAAACCUCAGGUGCUCCAUCUUGGCAUGUAGUGCCUACGUUGCUUUAGCACUAGGAGACAACCUAAUUGCUUUAAACCAUGCUGAAAAACUGCUCCAGCAAGCGAAGGUGUCAGGCUCUCUCAAGUUCCUUGGUCACCUUUAUGCGGCCGAGGCCCUCAUUUCAUUGGAGAGGAUCUCCGAUGCCAUCAUGCACCUCAAUCCAGACAAUGUCACUGACGUGUCAAUUGGGGUCCUGACCAGUGAGCAAGAUCCAGCAGGUUCUGAUAAAGGAGAUGAAACAGUUGAAUCUACUGGCAAGCAGACCCCUCUCUGUUAUCCCAGCAGUGUGACUUCAGCUCGGGCCAUGAUGCUCUUUAACCUGGGCAGCACAUACUGCUUACGAAGUGAAUAUGACAAAGCCCGCAAGUGUCUUCAACAGGCAGCAUCUAUGUUGAACACUAAGGAGAUUCCACCAGAAGCCAUCCUGUUAGGAGUCUACUUGGAGCUACAGAAUGGGAAUACUCACCUGGCCUUGCAGAUCAUCAAACGCAACCAACUGCUGCCCACAGCAGUCCAGAGGGUGUCACCAGAUUCCCGCAAGAAACCCGUCCAUCCAAUCCAGCUUCCCUCGUCAUUCACACAAGUCCAGCGUAAAUGAGCCUCUGUAUUCGCCUUGACCUCCAUUAGGCCACAAACACGCAUUCUGAGUAGCCUUGAUAUUUAUUAUGCUUUUCCCCUCAACAUCACAGGGGCUGUUGUUGAAAUUAAAAUAUGACUGUUGACUUAGUCAUCAUGGACUGAGGCACACUUAGGUCAUUCUUAUUUUUAAUAAAUUUUUCCUUUUGGUCUGAAUCACAAAAAUAAAAUUUUAUUUACUAAGGUA